AAUUUAUCGAAAACUUUCGCUUAUCAAGCAAUCUCAUUAAACGAAGAUGUCUGACGCUGUUGUCGAACCCACACCCGUUGCUGCCUCACCAGCUGCCAAGAAGACCAAGACCCCCAAAGCCGCUGCUGGCCCCAAAAAGCCAAAGGCCAAGCCGACUCACGCACCAACUGCCACAUUGGUUUUGGCUGCCGUCAAGGAAUUGAAAGACCGCAAAGGAUCUUCCUUGUCUGCCAUCAAGAAGUACAUCGCCGCCAACAACAAGGUCGAUGUCGAGAAAUUGGCUCCAUUCAUCAGAAAAUUCUUGAAGAGCGCCGUUCUCAGUGGCAAAUUGGUCCAAGUUAAGGGAAAAGGAGCUUCUGGAUCAUUCAAAUUGCCCGCCAAGGAGAAGGUCGAGAAGAAACCCAAAGUUGCCAAGAAGCCCGCAGCGAAGAAAACUGCCGCCAAGAAGCCAGCAACAAAGAAGGUUGCUAAGAAGCCCGUUGCCAAGAAGAGCACUGAAAAGAAAGAAAAGGCAGUCAAAGCUAAAGCUGCCAAGAAAGCCGGCACAGUGAAACCCAAACAAAAGGCCACAAAGCCAAAGGCAGCCAAACCCGCAGCAGCAAAGAAGCCAAAGACACCCAAAAAGGCCGCAGCAAAGAAACCAGCAGCAGCGAAGAAACCUGCCGCCAAGAAAGCUGCACCAAAAAAGAAGUAAAUUCUUCAGCGUUCCGUUUCUAACACGAAACAACUUUCAAUAAUCAGUCCUUUUUAGGACUAACAAAACAAU